AUGCACCACCUACCAUCGCCCUUCCUCUCACUGAGCACAUCCUUCCGCCGCUCGCGCAACUCCAAAUCACCCAGCGAAGCCUCAAGCCCGCCCAGCUCAACAACAACAUCGCCACCCUCCUCACCCACCUCACGGCACUCGCCACCACAUGGCUCCCCCCACCACCUCUUCAAUCUCACCUUCCACCCCUCCAGAAUCCACUCGCGCACCUCGCGCGAUCAGCAGGAGAGUUUUGCACCCCACACCUCUCAUCCCCACCCCGACCUCCCGCUCCACGAUGCAGCCCGCAACACCGUCAGUGUCCUGCCCUGCGCCGUCUUGCGAGGUCGCUCGUCGAUGAUGGUUGUCCGCCGCAGACCGUCCGCCAUCGAUAUGGCGCUCAGUGAGGAGCAGUCGCGCUGUGACGGGAAUUCCAUUGAGCGGCAGGGGUUGGGUUUGAUGGAGCCAAGACCGGUGGAUCUGCAGGGGCGGGUCGGGGAGGUGCAGCCCCGUUUUGUCAUGGGCGGCAUCUUUGAGGUUAUGGAAGGUCGUGCUUGA